UUGACAUUAAGUGUAAUGCUUAUUGUUAGCAUACAUAACCAUCUAAAAUUACCCAAAUAUCUCAAAAUUAUCAAUAAUAAUUUAAUUUCUUCCAUACAAUUUCAGCUCACAUCGGGGGCACGUCCACCUCGUGAUGUAACAGAUGAACCUGAUUUAUCAAAUGCCUUGGAAAGCUUUGGUAAAAGCUUAAAGGAACAUCAAGACACCAUUCAACAAGAGUUUAACAAAUAUGCCACAAAAGAGAAUUUGGACAAAUUAUCACAAGCAUUCCAAAACUUAGGCAAUAAUUUAGGUAAAACAUUCCAGGAUGGGUUGAACAAUUUGCAGACCCAGUAUGGUGAAUUCACAAAAAACCAAAAGAAAGCAGAUUGAUACCAAACAAUUUCAGCAGAAUCAAUGAUAAUUAAUGGAACUCUUGAUUCGUUAUUUUUUGUUCGAUUUUUGUAAAAUAUACGAACAAAUUAUUUUAUAAUUUGCUGAUUGAAUAAAAUAUUUUUUAACAAGGCAAAAA